AUGUCAUCAUUAAGUAAUACAUUAAAUCUAGCUCAAAAAAUGUUAGUUCAAUAUUGUCAUACGACAAUAUUUAUACUUGGUACAAUUGGUUCUUUAAUAAAUAUUUGUCUUUUUUCACGACGCAAUUUACGAUCAAAUUCAUGUUGUAUUUAUUUAUUAUCAUCAUCAAUAAGUGCAAUAAUAUUAUUAUCAAUAGGUAUAAUACCACAAAUCUAUACUCUAUAUAGAUCUCCAAAUCCAUUUACAACAAUUUCAACUUUUUGUAAAGCUCGAUCUUAUUUAAAUCAAACAAGUGCUAUGUCAUGUCGUUGGCUUUUAGUUAUGGCUUGUAUUGAUCGUUGUUUUUCAUGUUCAACUUCUGUUCGAAUUCGGAAUUUAUCUUCUGUAAAAACAGCUCGAAUAAUAGUUAUUAUAAUUAAUAUUAUUUGGUUUAUAUUACCAAUUCAUAUGAUUAUUUAUGCUAAUAUUCAACCUCCAGGAAAUAUAGCUUGUUCAGUAACUAAUAAUAAUGUUGAUAUUUAUCAUCGUUUUUAUACAAUAAUUAUGGGUGGUGCAUUACCAUCUCUCAUUGCUUUCAUAUCUAGUUUAUUUAUAUGGAAAAAUUUUCAAAAAAGAACAAAACGUCGAAUAUUACUUUCUAAUAAUGAAUUAAGUAAAAGAAAACAAAAACGAGAUCAACAAGUAAUAUUUAUGCUAUUAAUACAAGUAACAAUAUUUAUCAUAUCGACAAUUCCAUUUAUGUCAUUCAAUAUUUAUAGCACAAUGACACAAUAUAUAACCGAUAAAUCAACAGAUCGUAAAGCUAUUGAAGGAUUUUUGAAAACGUUAACUGAAUUACUUAUUUAUUUCAUUGCAAUGUCAUUUUAUUCCAAUACAUUAGUAUCAAAGACAUUUAGAAAAGAAUUAAUUAAAUUAUUCAAAUGUAUUUUCAUUUGUAGUCGUCAACAAAAUCGUCUAAGAAUAACUCCAUUGAAUACUGCAACCACAAAUAAUACUACUACACUAACAGGGACGACAAACAGAACAGAUUUUGUAUCAAUGCGUCAAAUCAUUGAAACACCUAUCAAAAUAUGA